GGUCAUCAUCAGUUUAUUUAGCUUUGCUGCUAAAAGAUACAUAUAUACUCAGUCAUAAAGCAACGAAGGCGUGAAAACGUUUUAAAGUUCAAAGAAAGUCAAUUAAAAAUUAAAAUAUUAGACUACAGUACAUAAGAGGUUCAGUUUGUACAAAGUGAGAGCAUUCAUAAAAGAGUUCUUGGGGAAGUCAUUAAGCCAAUUCAGUUGCCGGGAUUCAAGAUGAACAACUCCUCUUCAAUCCCAUCAAGUUGUAAAAACAUCAGUGGUAUUGUACGAUGUAACGUUCCUGCGUAUCCUGAACUACCCGCUGAACUAUUCGACCUUGUUGAGCUCUACACGACUCUGACACCAAUUUUCACCGUCCUGUCCUAUUGUCUUCUCGCCGUUGCAUUACUGGGGAAUUCACUGWUUAUUUUAACGAUUUUCAAAGAUCCCAAGUUCCGUGGAGUCGCGCACAUUUUUCUCUUGAAUAUUGCCAUUGCUGAUGUACUGUAUGCGUUGGUGAACAUCGCUGGUGAGACUUUGUCAAUGGUUCUUUCUGCCAAUCAACAGCAAGCCAUUCGUUGCUCAGUCUUCAAGCCAUUAACAGCCGCCCGUUUUGUAUCCUACGCCGUAGCGGUUUUCUCUCUUUCAGUUUUAAGUGUCGAACGCUGGCACGUAAUUUGUUUACCGUUUGCAGCUGCCCGAAAUCCCUCUCUGAAAAAGAAGAUAAAAAUCUUGACAUUGAUUGCUGUCUGGUUGUUGGCUGUUGGAGUUUCUUUCCCCAUUGCUUUGUGUACGACAGGACACGAAAAGAUUCACACCAUCGUCCUCGCGAUAAGUCUACUCAUAGUACCUUUCCUAAUAAUCCUCACAGCCAACGUAAAAAUCAUCUUUUCCAUCCGAAAAGCUGGGAUUUUCCAAGUCACUGAUCAAACACAAGAAGCCUUUCGUAAACGACGCCAUCUUCUGAAACUCCUAUUCGCGAUUGUUAUCAGUUUUAUUAUUCUCUGGCUUCCAUAUACUGUUUUAUAUCUUUAUUUAAGUUUCUUUCAGACAAAAGAUCUUAUAAUGCGUUAUAAGAUUGUUAUUAUUACGAAGGCAGUGGUUGUUACUUCGUAUAUUAAUCCGGCUUUGAAUGCUCUUAUGUACUAUGGUUUCUGUAAGGACUUUAGACGUGGUCUUGUUAGCUUGGUCAGGAAGACUUCGACACAGAGCGUGAGAGUUUCUUGAUCUUGGAAAAUGUGCUCAGGAAUCAAGUGGGGUUGAAGAGAGAAGAGAGAAGAGAGAAGAGAGAAGAGAGAAGAGAGAAGAGAGAAGAGAGGAUGAAUGACAAAGUGAGUGAGAUCGGAUAAGGAAUGGAAAGAAAUUGGAAAGAAGAAUA